AUGUCAUUCACACAGAACCGUUUUGGUGCCCUCUUAGGAGAGGAAGAAACUGAAAUCGAUAAGCUCGGUAACGUCAAGCCCGUCGAGAAGAAGGGUGAUGCUCCUCCCCCUACUAGACGUGAACAGCGUCGUGCCACUACUGGUACUAGACAACCUGCUGUCUCUCCCCCUUCGAAACGUGAUCGUGGUAACCGCAAGGAUGUCUCUGAAGCCACUCAAGCCUCCAACACUGAGUCCUCUUCAAGACCUGCUAGACCUGAAAGAGCUGGCCGUAACGAAUACAGUGGCCGUGGCCGUCAAUUCGAUCGUCACAGUGGAACCGGUAUCUACGAUAAUGAAAAGAAGAUCAAUAAGGGUUGGGGCGAAGCUGGCACUGCCGAAUUCCAAGGUGCCCAUGACGUAUUGGACCCCAAUGAUCCAGAUGCCGCCGAAACUCGCAAUUCUCGCGCCGAAGAACCAGAGGAAAAUACCAAAACUUUGGAAGAAUACCUCUCAGAGAAGAAGAAUGCUCAAACCUUCCGUCUCAAUGAAGCUCGUAAGGCCAACGAAGGUGCUGAUGAUGGUCAAUGGAAGGAUGCCGUUGUCCUCGAAAAGGAAGAAGAUGUCUUCUUUGUCGGCAAGGAAUCUGAAGCCAAGUUGAGAACCAAGAACAAGAAGGAGAAGGUUUUCUUGGAAAUUGAUCAACCUGCUCACCGUAGCAAUGAUGAUCGUCGCGGUGGCCGUGGUGGCCGUGGUGGUCGUGGUGGUCGUGGUGGUAACAGCAGUGGUCGUGGUGGUAACAAGAGCAACGGUCGUGGUCAAGGCUCCGUCAACUUGUCAGACUCAAAGGCUUUCCCUACCUUGGGCGCAUAA